GAGAGGAAGCUGCUCUUCUCUCCCUCCUCUGCUCAGGAACAUCCUGGCUCCGAGUGGGCCACCACGCCGGCGCCGUCUGCAGCGCCGCUUUCUCCUCCGAGGGAGCCUGCAGGCGGGAGGCAGAGAGGCAGCCGCCGGGGCGCGCUGCGCUUCCUCCUCUCGGCGCCCGACCGGAGUGGGAACUGACGCGCCCCAGCCUUUGUCGAGCGGGAUAGGCGGGAGGAGGGGGGGUGCGAGGAGGCUCUUGCGGGAACAAUCCCGGCCACUGAAUAGAAAAUGGAGGAGACUUUUCAGAAGGAAAGUCCUGAACAGGUGAAACUGCAUAAGGCAGCAGCAGAAAUAUCCCCGUGGAGUUGUUGCCAAGUAGAUGAUGAUUCUGAAAAUCAACAGGGGCCAGAAACACAAGCGAACAAGUGCUCUGAAUCAGAAAGACAGAAGUGUUUCCCUUCCCAAGGACACUCCAAGGAAGCAAGAAAGCUGCCUGUUCAACAAAGAAAUCGGAUGUCAAAGAAACAGCACCCUUGCCCCGACUGUGGGAAAGUCUUCAACAGGACCUCGGCCCUCAACGCACAUCAGAGAGUCCACACGGGUGAGAAGCCCUACAAAUGUGCAGAGUGUGGGAAGAGCUUCAGUAAGAGUUCGCACCUCAUUGCUCAUCAGAGAAUCCACACAGGCGAAAGGCCGUACACCUGUAUGACUUGUGGGAAAAGCUUCAACCACUCCUCACAUGUCAUUACCCACCAGAGAACCCACACAGGGGAGAAACUCUAUAAAUGCCUUGAGUGUGGGAAAAACUUCCGGUACAGCUCCGAUCUCAUCAGGCACCAGAUUGAGCACGCGGGAGAAAAACCUUACCAGUGCUCCGACUGUGGGAAGUGCUUCAACCGGAGCUCAAACCUCCUCAUUCACCAGAGAAUACACACGGGCGAGAAACCCUACAAGUGCCUUGAGUGCGGGAGGAGCUUCAGCUACAGCUCCGUCCUCAUCAAGCACCAAAAAGUACACACCUCCGAGAAGCCUUAUAAAUGUCCUGACUGUGGGGAAGGUUUUCACGUGAACGCAAGUCUCCUCACACACCAGAGGGUUCACACAGGAGAGAAACACUACUCAUGCUCGCAGUGUGGGAAAAGUUUCCGAUGGAUCUCGCACCUUACCAGGCAUCAGAAGAUCCACACAGCAGCGAAACCUCAGAGGGCACUUGCUCGUCGAUCCCGGGGAAGUCGCUGCUCUUUUUCCACCCCAGCUCCGAUCAGCUGGUUUGGGAGGACGGACGAACUUCCUGGAGUAUCAUCAACAGAGUGGCCGCCAUCGCUGCGGCUGCAGGGAGCGGAGAACCGCCAGGCCGAGCCCGCUUCCUCGCCGGACCGGAGUGAAGACUGCCCUCAGAGAACGCGCCGGGCUUGGCGAACGCUGCCAGCUGGAAACUGCUCAGGCGAUGGGAUGGCGGCUGAGCUGAAGGAACAGAGAUGCGUGAAGGAAGAGCCCGGAACGACGGCGGUGCUGGCGGGCGGCUCGGAAGAGACGGUCUACCACAGCUGCAAGCGGGAGAGAGAGAACAGGGGCCGAUACUUGCCAGAGAAGCGAGAGAGAGCUGAGAAAAGCCGAGAAGAAGCUGCUCUGCCACACAAGGAGCAGGGCUUCGGGAAUCUUGACCAAAUAGUGAUCCAGCAGCUGAUCCACAUUGGAGGAGGCGGGAGGAGGCGCAGCAAGCAGGGGGAGAACUUCCGCCAGGCCUCGGGCCUCGGCAAGGCUUCAGUCGUCCGCCUGGGAGAGAAGCCGUACCUGUGCAUCGUCUGCGAGAAAACCUUCCGCAACCACUCGGGCCUCAUGGUCCACCAGCGGAUUCACACGGGGGAAAAACCCUACAAAUGCCCCGACUGCGAGAAGAGCUUCAAUCAGCGCUCGCACCUGACCUCCCACCGCGGCACCCACACCGGAGAGAAGCCCUUCAAGUGCUUUGCCUGCGGGAAGAGCUUCAGCUACAACUCGGGCCUGGUGAUCCACCAGCGCAUCCACACGGGGGAGAAGCCGUACCAGUGCCCCGGGUGCGAGAAGAGCUUCAGCCAGAAAUCCCACCUGCUGUCGCACCAGAGGACCCACGUCGGGGAAAAGUCCUUCAAGUGCCUGGACUGCGGGAAGAGCUUCAGCUACAACUCGGGCCUGGUCAUUCACCAGCGCAUCCACACCGGGGAGAAGCCGUACAAAUGCUCAGACUGCGGGAAGAGCUUCAACCAGCGCUCGCACCUCGUUUCGCACCGAGGCGUCCACACGGGGCGCAAGCCCUACUCGUGCCGGGAUUGCGGGAAGAGCUUCAGCUUCAACUCGGGCCUCGUCAUACACCAGCGGCUGCACACGGGGGAGAAGCCUUAUGAGUGCUCCAACUGCGGGAAGAGUUUCAACCAGAAAUCGCACCUUAUUUCACACCAGAGAGUCCACACCGGGCAAAAGCUCUGACUAGCUGGCGGCAGAUACCAUAUGUUUCCGUGCAUAACACAACACGCCCCCUAUUUUGGGGGACUACAUUUUAAGAAAAUGGGGGGAGAUGGCCCAGAGUUGUUGAGCUUUUUUGGGGGGGGGGAAUGCAGAAAAUCACUCACCCGACUCAAAAAUGCUGAGAAUCGCACACGUCGCCAAAGCUAACAAGCGUCUGCCCGCCCGCCCGCCACCAGCAGCCAGCAAUCGCCCGCCCAAUGGCACAGCAGAAACCCAUCUGAAACACCCCUUGCCGCAGCCACCAAUCACCCACCCAACUGACGCAGCAACAGCCAAUCCGAAGCAGCCCUUGCCGCAGACACGAAUCACCCAGCCAAUCACCAGUGACAAGCUGCUGCUCGCAGUUGAAACACAUUGUUCAUCCCUCCUCUGCACUAUCUGUGUAUAAGACAAAGUCCAAUUUUUAACAUUCUUUUUGAGUAAAAACUCUUGUCUUAUACACGGAAAAGUACAGUAUGCCUUCUAUUUAGCUGUGGUUCCUGCACAGUGGUUGGACUAGAUAGUGUUUCCAGCUCUGCAAUUCUAUUGACAGGGCUAUAAUUCACCUCUAAAAAGGAUCUAGAACAGGGUUUCCCAAACUUUUGUCUCUAGCAGUUUUUGGACUACAGUUCCCAUCAUCUCUGACUCCUGGCCCUGCUAGCUGGGGAUGAUGGGAGUUGUAGUCCAAAAACAGCUGGAGACCCGCAUUUGGGAAACCCUGAUCUAGAACACUGGUCUCUAAGCGGCAGCUUGCAGGUAAUGACGCACCGCCAGUAUUCCUUAAAGUGUGUGCCGCGUGGCAGUGGCAUGGUUUUAUUAUAAUUUUGAAGGUGAAUUUAUACAGGUGUGUAUAAACUGCACAUUCGAUGAGAGCUGCCUUUCUUUUUGCUACAGAUCAACAGCAGUGCACUGAGAAGGAGGACUGAAGGAGAGAGAGAGAAAUCUAGGCAUUCAACAAGAAGAUAGUUACUGCUGAAACCCAGUAUUAAAAAUCCAACAUUAAUCUCUCCCCCCCCCUUUUCUGAGGUGGAAAAACCCUUAGACUUAAAGCUAAAGGAUUUAUUGAUCAACUGCUAUAGGAAAGUAUUUAAAACCACCUGUUAAACAUUUUAUAUUGGCCUGUCAGGGUAUGCUUCUUAGUUGGUGUGGAGUCUGCAGCCUGUUUCAGAAAUUUGCAUCAGUGUAGGGAGGAGAGUGAAUCUUACUUGCUGGCUCUGUUUUCCGUGCCUGAAAAAGGGAUCCUACCUGUGUACAGCUGUGUGUGAGCAGAUCCCCUUUUCAGAUGCUACACUGAAUGCAGGGCUGAUGGGCCAGUAAAGUGUGCAAUGUCACAAAGGCACAUUCCCCCUCUCUCUUUUCCUGUUCAGCCUGCAAGCGGAGGCAACUUUGGGAAGAGGGCUUCUUAAGUGAAAAAAAUAGAGUCAGAUGUGAUGUUGGAUCCUCUAGAUUGGAUUACUGCAAUGUACUCUGCAUGGGGCUGCCUUAUGGGGCUGGCCGCAGCAGCCAAGCUUGUGACUUGGGGCCCUGUUUCUUUAGAGCAGCCUUUCUCAACCUGUGGCUCCCAGAUGUUGUUGAACUACAACUCCCAUCGUCCCUAGCUAGCAAGGCCGGAGCUCAGGGAUGA